AUGUCGGGAUCUCUGGCAAGAGAUCACCUACAUCACCCAGAUAAUACACGAGGGCGCGCUCAGUGCAUUGCAACAGCAACCUUGCUAGCUUCAGGUAGCCUAAUAAUGGAAGAUGGUUUGGCAGCGGUGAUGGAGGUGGCAGCCGGUCCUGGGAAUGUGUCGAAGAAUUAUUGCCCAAGAGUGCCACGGUUGCCUCUUGCCCUCGUUGCCAUAGGACGAGCAUUGGCCGGAAGUACAGCUCCAGAAGAAUGGAAGAUGAAAGAACAAAUGUUCAAGAAUCAGUCAUAUGAGUCUCAAGGUAUAUACUCAGUUUUAGAAUUGAGUUAUGAUAAGUUGCCUAGUGAUACCAUCAAAUCAUUUUUCAUCUAUUGCUCUUUAUUCCCCGAGGAUCAUGAAAUUUGUUGUGAUCAGCUGAUAGAACUUUGGAUUGGGGAGGGAUUCUUGGAUGAAUUUGAUCAUAUACAUGAAGCAAGAAACCAAGGCGGUAUCAUUAUUGAGCAUUUACAGCAUGCACAUCUAUUGGUGAAUGGUAUAUCUGAGAAAUAUGUGACAAUGCACGACCUAAUUCGUGAUAUGGCCUUGUGGAUAGCUGGUGAACACGGGAGGAAGAAGAAAUUUGUGGUACAAGAACAGGUUGAAUCGAUUGAAGCUGACAAAGUGGCAACAUGGAAGGAGGCACAGAGGAUAUCAUUGUGGGACUGUAGUGUGGAAGAGCUGAAAGAGUCACCAUCUUUCCUCAAUCUUGAGACAUUGAUAGUAUCGUGUAAGUUGAUGUCAUACCCAAGUGGACUCUUUGGGUAUAUGGCUAUUAUAAGAGUUCUGGACUUGUCCAAAAAUUUUGGAUUGAUUGAGUUACCAGUGGAGAUUGAUAGGUUAGCAAGCUUGCAGUAUCUUAAUUUGUCCUACACACGGAUAGUAAAGCUACCAAUCCAGCUCAAGAAACUGUCAAAACUAAGGUGUUUGAUAUUGGAUGAGAUGCAUCUGCUUCGAACAAUUCCUCGUCAACUGAUAUCAAAGCUUUCAUCGUUGCAGCUGUUUAGUAUUUUCAAUUCCAUGGUUGCCCAUGGAGAUUGUAAAGCCCUAUUGAAGGAGUUAAGAGUGUUUGGAGCAUUUGAAUGA